GUGGCAAAGGGCGAACGAAAUCAAAGCAAAAUUACCGACAUCGCUGAAGCGGUGGAAGUGUGGUUCAUUUAUAAAUUCUUCUAAACCCAACUGCUUCGGCAAGGCAGUUAUUAAAACUGCCUAUUAAUCGGUUUAAUCCAUGUUGGGCUAAUUAUAAAAAAUUUACAUAAAAUCCCUUACACAUUUGGAAUCAUACAUACGUCCAGCAACCAUGGCACACUGUAUGAGAGUUUUGCAUGGCCAGGGUAGCAGGACCAAGAUUGUUCUAUUAGAGAUUCAGCAAAGAUGCUUCAGCGUGUCGCCACUGACCGCUGCUGCGGCCCAGGUUGCUAUGUCAAAAUUCGACAAGGCUCCAUUGCCAUAUGAGAAGUUAACAAAAAAUUUGGAGGUUGUCAAAAAAAGGUUAGGACGUGAUAUGACCUUGUCUGAGAAGGUGCUUUAUUCACAUCUGGAUGACCCUAAAGGACAAGAUAUUGAACGUGGAACCAGCUACCUUCGCCUGCGCCCUGACAGGGUGGCUAUGCAGGAUGCCACUGCACAAAUGGCUAUGCUGCAGUUCAUAUCCUCAGGGUUACCACGUGUGGCUGUGCCCUCCACCAUUCAUUGUGAUCACUUGAUUGAGGCUCAGAUUGGUGGAGAAAAAGAUUUGGCGAGAGCAAAGGAUCUUAAUAAAGAAGUGUACAAGUUCCUUGAGACCGCUGGUGCUAAGUAUGGUGUGGGCUUCUGGAAGCCUGGUUCUGGUAUCAUUCAUCAGAUCAUCCUUGAAAAUUAUGCAUUCCCCGGUCUGCUUAUGAUUGGAACUGAUUCGCACACACCUAAUGGUGGUGGUCUUGGUGGCCUCUGUAUUGGUGUUGGAGGUGCUGAUGCUGUAGAUGUAAUGGCAGACAUUCCAUGGGAACUGAAGUGCCCUAAAGUUAUUGGUGUCAAGCUGACUGGUCAACUAAAGGGCUGGACGAGCCCGAAGGACGUUAUCCUGAAGGUAGCCGGCAUCCUGACAGUGAAGGGUGGCACCGGCGCCAUCGUUGAGUACCACGGGCCCGGAGUCGACUCCAUCUCUUGCACCGGUAUGGCCACCAUCUGCAACAUGGGUGCUGAGAUCGGAGCCACCACCAGUGUAUUCCCUUACAACGCUCGUAUGGAAGCUUACCUAAAGUCGACAGGUCGCCAAGACGUCGCCGCCACAGCAAACUCUUACAAACAUCUGCUUACACCCGAUUCUAAAGCACCUUACGAUGAGCUCAUCGAAAUCGACCUGUCAACACUGGAGCCGCACGUGAAUGGUCCUUUCACCCCCGACUUGGCGAAUCCCAUCUCGAAACUGGGCGAGAUCGCCAAGAAGAACGAUUGGCCGGUAGAUAUCCGAGUCGGCCUCAUUGGUUCCUGCACCAAUUCUUCAUACGAAGACAUGGGUCGUUGUGCCAGCAUAGUUAAAGAGGCGCUGCAGCACGGCGUAAAAUCUAAAAUUCCUUUCAACGUGACCCCUGGAUCUGAACAAAUACGAGCCACCAUCGAACGCGACGGAAUCGCACAGACCCUCAGGGAGUUUGGAGGAACUGUUUUGGCUAACGCUUGCGGGCCUUGCAUCGGCCAAUGGGACCGUAAGGACGUGAAGAAGGGCGAGAAGAAUACCAUUGUGACGUCAUACAACCGUAACUUCACCGGGCGCAAUGACGCCAAUCCCGCGACACAUUGUUUCGUCACUAGCCCUGAACUUGUUACCGCUCUGUCUCUAGCAGGUCGUUUGGACUUCAAUCCUCUGACGGACGAGUUGACCGGUAAAGAUGGUAAGAAGUUCAAGCUGUCCGAUCCGUUUGCGGACGAAUUGCCCAGCAAAGGAUUCGAUCCCGGCCAGGACACAUACGAACACCCACCAGCUGACGGUUCCAGCGUGAAAGUGGACGUGUCUCCGUCCUCCGAUCGUCUCCAACUCCUGUCGCCGUUCGACAAGUGGAACGGCAAAGAUCUGACUGACAUGACCAUCCUGAUCAAAGUGAAGGGCAAGUGUACAACCGACCACAUAUCCGCCGCCGGCCCUUGGCUCAAGUACCGCGGACAUCUGGACAAUAUCUCCAAUAACAUGUUCAUCACCGCGACAAAUGCCGAGAACAACGAGUUGAACAAAGUACGCAAUCAACUGACCGGCGAGUGGGGCCCCGUGCCGGCGACCGCGCGCGCUUAUAAAGCGGCCGGUACACCCUGGGUCGUUAUAGGCGACGAGAACUACGGUGAGGGGUCAUCGCGCGAGCACGCCGCUUUAGAGCCCCGGCAUCUAGGCGGCAGGGCCAUCAUAGUCAAGUCCUUCGCCAGGAUCCACGAGACCAAUCUGAAGAAGCAGGGUAUGUUGCCUCUAACGUUCGCUAACCCCGCCGACUACGACAAGAUCAGACCUGACGACAAGAUCUCGCUACUCGGCCUCAAGGAUCUCGCCCCCGGCAAGCCAGUUGACUGCGAAAUCAAGCACAAAGAUGGUAGCACAGAACGCAUCAAGCUGAACCACUCCAUGAAUGAACAGCAAAUUACCUGGUUCAAAGCUGGUUCCGCCCUGAAUAGAAUGAAGGAAAUCGCUGCUGGAAAGUGAAUGGAAACGCGAGAAAUAUAUACAGUAACUUGCACUGGAUACUAGUAAAAUAAUACAUGAACUGAGCCAUUGUAGAACAUAAGAAUAAUGAUAGUUAUUUAUAACUUAAUUAUAUUGAAAUUAUUGUAAUUGUAAUGCUCUUAGAGUUUAAAUUGCCUUAAACCAGUGCAAGAUGUUACCAUAAAUUUGUCACUUCAAACUUUGUUCAAUGAGCAUUAGAAAUUUUCUCAGAAAUACAGACAAUACCAUUGUGGCAGUGAAUCUUUAUAUUGUAUUACUUUAUGUAGUUCAAAUAUACUUUCGUAGGAUUUUAAGAAUUAACUUUUUCUUUUAAUAUAAAUCAACAUAUUUAGUUGACAAAUUUUUAUUAUCUAUGUAAAUAAUAUUACCAAAUUGAAAAUAAAUGUAAAAUAAUUA